CGUUGAUCUUCAGCCUCGAGCCUAUAAUGUGACGGGAGAGAGAGGGGGGUGUGUUGCAACAAGAUAAUCUUGACUGUCACUUUACAUUAUCGAGCUGUGGAGUUUGCAUGGACGACACCGGUUUGUUACUCUGUCAUGUUUAAAUACCUGUAGUCUAUAGGGUCCGUAGGCUACCGAUUUUGACCGUUUCUCCUGUGUGCCAAUGACCGAUUGCCAAAUGGUGUCUUCAGAUUUCACUGCAGACGAGAGGUUGGAGAUCGAGAGCAUGAAGAUGCAUAAGAGAGACCUGCUAGAGGACAUCCAGAAGCUAAAGAUGGAGAUUGACAAAGUCAUGGCAGAAGUUCAAGACUUUGAGUCUACAGAGGAGAACAAAGUCCUUGAGAAAGGAAAGCAGUUCUCAAGCGGGAAGAAGAAAUUCAACAUGGACCCUAAAAAGGGUAUCAACUACCUGGUAGAGAACAAGCUUCUGGAGAGGAACCCCCAGCCAAUAGCAGAGUUCCUUUACAAGGAGGAGGGGCUCAAUAAGACUGCUAUUGGAGACUACCUGGGAGAGAGAGAAGACCUCCACCUCCAGACACUGAAAGCCUUUGUGGACCUCCAUGAGUUGUCAGACCUCAACCUGGUACAGGCACUGAGGCAGUUCCUGUGGAGUUUCCGUCUGCCCGGCGAGGCUCAGAAGAUUGACCGCAUGAUGGAAUCCUUCGCCACACGCUACUGUGACUGUAACGCUGAAGUCUUUCAGUCUACAGACACCUGCUACAUCCUGUCGUUUGCCAUCAUCAUGUUGAACACCAGCCUCCACAACCCCAACGUGAAGGACAAGACCCCUCUAGAGAGAUUCAUCUCUAUGAACAGAGGCAUCAACAACGGAGGGGACCUGCCCAAUGAGCUGCUCACGAAACUGUACGACAGCAUCAGGAACGAGCCCUUUAAAAUCCCAGAGGAUGAUGGGAACGACCUGACUCACACCUUCUUCAACCCCGACAGGGAGGGAUGGCUCCUCAAACUAGGAGGCAGAGUGAAGACGUGGAAGAGAAGAUGGUUCAUCCUGACUGAUAACUGCCUCUACUACUUUGAGUACACCACUGACAAGGAGCCCAGAGGCAUCAUCCCUCUGGAGAACCUGUGUGUGAAAGAGGUGGUGUAUGCACGCAAACCGUACUGUCUGGAGCUGUAUAACCCCAACAGCAGGGGUCAGAAGAUCAAGGCGUGUAAGACAGAGACAGACGGCAGAGUGGUGGAGGGGAAACACCAGUCGUACACGAUCUGUGCCGCUACAGCUGAGGAACGAGACACAUGGAUAAAGAGCAUCAGAGCCAGCAUCACCAAGGACCCCUUCUAUGACCUGGUGUCGGUGCGUAAGAAGAAGGUGAUCAACCAGGCUCCCCAAGACUGAGACAGGACAGCACCCCCUGUGGAUCAAUCACAGUACUGCAUCACAGAGGGAGAUGGAACCCCUACAGCAAAUAGUACAAUCAAUAGACUUUGGUUCAGGUUCAGUGGAUCUGACUAAGCAUUGGGAACCUGGACACUUUCAGCAGUGAGAAUCAGGACUUUCUACCUAAAAAAGGAAUUAGAAAUUAACCUUUGUCAUAAUGAGGGAUAAUUUGUUUUGUUGCAAGAAGAGUUCCUGAGAAGACUGCUGGGGGAAACACUGAUUUGGACUUUUAUCUGGAUUAAUUCAAAGGGUGGAACUGUGUACUGUCUGGAAGAGUGACUUCUCAUUUUGAACCACGGCCGUGUCAAAGGACUUCCUUCUUAUCCUGUGAGAUGAAAUACUGUCAUUGUCAGCAGCUGUCAACGUGACCUGUACAUACUGUUUGUUGUUAAGGUGACAGAAGCGAAGCCAAGAGAGUGGUUUCUCAUGUGUACAUAGUGCAGAUAGAAACAACCUCAAGCAUGGCUGAUUCCACCUACUGUCCUUGUAUGACUCUUUGAUUGUGUCCCAAAUGGUGCACUAUUCUCUAUACAGUGCACUACUUUCCACCAGAGCCUUAUGGACCCUGGUCAAAAGUGGUGCACUAAAUAGGGAAUAGGGUGCCAUUUGAGAUGCAGCCCUUGUCUGCUGUUAUAAGACCUCUGUGUCUGGUUUAUCAUACCUGUUCUAUGUACUGGAUGUACAUCAUGCUAAUAGAUACCACCUCGAACGUUGCUGGCUUCACCAACUGUACUGGGGCGGCAGGUAGCCUAGUGGUUAAGAGUAUUGGGCCAGUAGCCACGAGGCUGCUGGUUCGAAUCCCCGAGCCGCCUAGGUGAAAAUGCCCUUGAGCAAGGCGCUUGACCCAUAAUGUUUGUGUAAAUUGCUCUGGAUAAGAGUGUCUGUUAAAUGACUGAAAUGUAUGUCUCUGUAUGCUAAUACUUUAGAGAGGAUCUCUGAGUCGCCUGGUUAUUGUAUCUGUUCUGUCCACUAUGUCUAUAGAUAAGACUGUAUUGGUUAGAGAGAGAAACCAUCACAUCUCACCAGGAAGUCAACACACUAUUUAUAUCACAGAGGUGAACAGAGAUAGCAUACAAACACACAAAGAACUCGUCUGUCACCGUCAUGCCAUACAAGCACCAAACACACACAGCACCUGGGAGUACAUAUACAGAACCUGGGAGUACAUAUACAGACCCUGGGAGUACAUAUACAGACCCUGGGAGUACAUAUACAGAACCUGGGAGUACAUAUACAGAACCUGAGAGUACAUAUACAGAACCUGGGAGUACAUAUACAGACCCUGGGAGUACACAAACAGAACCUGUGAGUACAUAUACAGAACCUGGGAGUACAUAUACAGACCCUGGGAGUACAUAUACAGACCCUGGGAGUACAUAUACAGACCCUGGGAGUACAUAUACAGACCAUGGGAGUACAUAUACAGAACCUGGGAGUACAUAUACAGAACCUGGGAGUACAUAUACAGAACCUGAGAGUACAUAUACAGAACCUGGGAGUACAUAUACAGACCCUGGGAGUACACAAACAGAACCUGUGAGUACAUAUACAGAACCUGGGAGUACAUAUACAGACCCUGGGAGUACAUAUACAUAACCUGGGAGUACAUAUACAGACCCUGGGAGUACAUAUACAGAACCUGGGAGUACAUAUACAGACCCUGGGAGUACACAAACAGAACCUGUGAGUACAUAUACAGAACCUGGGAGUACACAUACAGACCCUGGGAGUACAUAUACAGACCCUGGGAGUACACAUACAGAACCUGGGAGUACAUAUACAGAACCUGGGAGUACAUAUACAGACCCUGGGAGUACACAUACAGACCAUGGGAGUACAUAUACAGACCCUGGGAGUACAUAUACAGAACCUGGGAGUACAUAUACAGACCCUGGGAGUACACAUACAGACCAUGGGAGUACAUAUACAGACCCUGGGAGUACAUAUACAGACCCUGGGAGUACAUAUACAGAACUAUUGUCUCUACCAUGUUCUUCUAUUCAUGUUUAUUUUUUUAUCUUGUUCUUUAAUUGUUCAAUUGAUUAUUAAAUAAAUGGCAUACAAAGGCCAUUGUGAACAUGUCAGAUUA